AUGACGACCGAUAUAUCGGUGUCCCGCUGGGACCCGUCCAUCGGCCAUGGGCAGGAGAUCAUCGAUGAGAUCGAGUACGAUGGCGGCAAUUCAUCCUCAAGGCUUUUCGAACGAUCGCGCAUCAAGGCGCUUGCAGACGAACGAGAGAGCGUCCAAAAGAAGACGUUCCAGAAAUGGGUGAACUCUCACUUGGUGCGUGUGGGGUGCCGUAUCGGCGACCUCUAUGUGGACAUGCGAGAUGGAAAGAACCUCAUCAAACUACUCGAAGUUCUCUCUGGAGAGAGAUUGCCUCGACCAACGAAAGGCAAAAUGCGUAUCCACUGCCUGGAGAAUGUUGACAAAGCUCUGCAGUUCCUGCGGGAACAACGAGUGCAUCUGGAGAACAUGGGGUCUCAUGACAUAGUCGAUGGGAACCCUCGACUUAACCUCGGACUUAUAUGGACCAUUAUUUUGCGGUUCCAGAUUCAAGACAUUACAAUUGAAGAGACCGAUAACAAAGAAACGAAAUCGGCGAAGGACGCUCUGCUCCUCUGGUGUCAGAUGAAGACGGCUGGCUAUAACAACGUCAAUGUUCGUAACUUCACAACAUCUUGGCGCGAUGGUUUGGCCUUCAAUGCGAUCAUUCACAAGCAUAGACCAGAUUUGAUUCAGUUUGAAAAACUACACAGAAGUAAUCCGAUGCACAAUUUGAACAAUGCGUUUAAUGUUGCUGAAGAGAAGCUGGGUCUUACCAAGCUGUUGGAUGCUGAAGAUAUCGCGGUGGAGCACCCUGACGAGAAAUCCAUAAUAACAUACGUGGUGACGUACUACCAUUACUUCAGCAAGAUGAAGCAAGAAACGGUUCAAGGGAAGCGUAUUGGCAAAGUUGUAGGCAUCGCUAUGGAGAAUGAGAAGAUGAUGCAGGAGUACGAGACUCUUACUAGUGAUCUCCUGCAAUGGAUCGAGCGUACCAUCGAAGCCCUCGGAGACAGAACAUUCGCUAACUCAUUGGAGGGAGUGAGACAACAACUAAUUCAGUUUGCUAACUAUCGUACUGUGGAGAAACCGCCCAAGUUUGUAGAGAAAGGAAACUUGGAAGUACUCCUAUUCACUCUCCAGUCUCGUAUGCGAGCGGCCAAUCAGAAGCCGUAUACGCCACGCGAGGGUCGCAUGAUACACGACAUCAACCGUGCUUGGGAACGCCUUGAGAAGUCGGAGCACGAACGGGAAUUGGCUUUGAGAGAAGAGUUGAUAAGACAGGAGAAGUUGGAGCAGUUGGCUGCUAGAUUCAACCGCAAGGCUCAGAUGCGUGAAACGUGGUUAUCUGAGAACCAGCGAUUGGUCAGUCAAGAUAACUUUGGCUUCGAUUUAACAGCAGUGGAAGCGGCAGCUAAGAAGCAUGAAGCCAUCGAAACUGAUAUCUUCGCGUAUGAGGAAAGAGUCCAGGCUGUGGUCGCUGUUUGUGGGGAACUACAGGCUGAGAGGUAUCAUGACAUAGAGCGUGUGUGCGCUCGUCGUGACAACGUACUACGUCUGUGGGCGUAUUUGCUCGAGUUGCUUCGUGCACGCCGAGCUCGUCUUGAACUUAGCCUGCAUCUGCAACAGAACUUCCAGGAAAUGCUGUACAUCCUGGACUCCAUGGAAGAAAUUAAGAUGCGUCUCCUGACCGAUGACUACGGCAAACAUUUGAUGGGAGUAGAGGACUUGCUGCAAAAGCACGCUUUAGUUGAAGCUGACAUCAACGUAUUGGGAGAACGUGUGAAGGUCGUAGUUGGUCAAUCUCAGAGAUUCCUGGAGCAGGAGGAAGGUGGAUACCGUCCAUGUGACCCUGCCAUCACCGUAGAGAGGAUUCAGCAGCUGGAGAAUGCAUAUGCUGAACUGGUUCAUCUCGCUGUUGAGAGAAGGAAGCGACUUGAAGACAGCCGUAAACUGUGGCAGUUCUACUGGGACAUGGCCGAUGAAGAGAACUGGAUUAAGGAGAAGGAGCGGAUCGUCUCCGUUGAUGACAUUGGCCAUGAUCUUACUACGGUUUACCUGCUGAUAUCGAAGCAUAAGGCGCUGGAAGCGGAUGUAGCAGCUCACGAGCCGCAAUUGAUGGAUGUCGCCGCUGUUGGAGACGAACUCAUCUCCCAGGGGCACUUUGGGGCUGAUAGGAUACAGGAGCGUCUCCGAGACAUCCUGUCGCAAUGGAAUCACCUUUUGGAUGUGGUGUCUCUCCGUAACAACAGAUUGGAUGCGGCUGUACGUUAUCACCAGCUGUUCGCUGAUGCCGACGAUAUUGACCAAUGGAUGCUUGAUACUUUGCGUUUGGUUUCAUCCGAAGACACCGGUGUAGACGAGGCCCAAGUGCAAAGUCUAUUGAAGAAACACAAAGACGUUACAGACGAGUUGAAACACUAUGCCAACGUUAUUCAACAACUUAAGCAACAAGCAAGCGAACUGAGUCCGGAAGACGCGAGCAGCGCCGAAGUACGCGAUCGUUUGGGAGCAAUGGACGCGCGUCUCAACGAGCUAUCGGAACUCGCUCGUCUACGCAAGCAGCGUCUACUUGACGCCCUGUCUUUGCACAAGCUGUUGGCUGAAGCUGAUGCGGCAGACCAAUGGAUUGCUGAGAAGGAUCGAAUGCUGGAUACUAUGCAUCCACCAAAGGAUAUUGACGAUGUGGAGAUUAUGAAACACAGAUACGAUGGCUUCGACAAGGAGAUGAAUGCUAACGCGUCAAGAGUGGCCGUCGUGAACCAGUUGGCUCGUCAGCUCAUUCACGUGGAGCACCCUGAGGCACCGCGCAUUACGGAAAGACAGGCUCAGCUCAACCAGGCCUGGAGUGGGCUUAGGGAGAAGGCGGAGGCUAAGAAGGACGAGCUGAAAUCAGCUCAAGGUGUACAAACCUUCUACAUUGAGUGCCGUGAGACCGUCUCAUGGAUUGAAGACAAGAAACGCAUCCUGCAACAGACCGACAAUCUGGAGAUGGAUCUUAACGGUGUGAUGACUCUCCAACGUCGUCUGUCGGGAAUGGAGCGUGAUUUAGCAGCCAUUCAGGCCCGCAUCAGCUCUUUGGAGGACGAGGCCAAUUCCAUCGAAGGAGAACAUCCGGAUGAAGCAAGGCUUAUCCGGGAACGCGUUGUCACUAUUACAGAGAACUGGGAUCAGCUUACACAAAUGCUCAAAGAGCGCGACUCAAAACUGGAAGAAGCUGGAGAUUUGCAUCGCUUCUUGCGUUCCGUGGAUCACUUCCAAGCCUGGCUCACCAAGACCCAGACCGAUGUUGCAUCAGAAGAUAUUCCAUCGAGUCUCCCGGAAGCGGAGAAGCUCUUGUCUCAACACCAGACCAUCAAGGAAGAGAUCGACAACUACAAGGACGAAUAUGCCAAGAUGAUGGAGUAUGGAGAGAAGAUCACUGCCGAACCAUCGACAGCAGACGACCCCCAAUACAUGUUCCUCCGAGAAAGGCUAAAGGCUCUCCGCGAAGGAUGGGCAGAGUUGCAGCAGAUGUGGGAGAACCGGCAGCAGCUGCUCACGCAGUCCCUCGAGCUGCAAUUGCUGCAGAGGGACGCUCGUCAGGCUGAGGUGCUGCUAGCACAUCAGGAGCAUAGAAUUGCGAAGAUCGAGCCACCAGCGAACUUGGAACAGGCUGAAAAUAUGAUCAAGGAGCACGAAGCCUUCCUCACCACGAUGGAAGCCAACGAUGACAAGAUUAACUCUGUCGUCCAGUUCGCCAAUCGCCUCGUCGAGGAGAGACACUUUGACGCAGACAAGAUCCAACGCAAGGCUGAGAGCAUCCGCGCCAGACGAGACGCUAAUAGAGACAAGGCUGUCGAACAGAUGGAUAAACUUCAAGACCAACUGCAGUUACACCAAUUCCUUCAAGACUGCGACGAACUCGGCGAGUGGGUCCAAGAAAAGAAUGUUACCGCCCAAGAUGACACAUACCGCUCGGCCAAAACCAUCCACUCCAAGUGGACCCGCCAUCAAGCGUUCGAAGCUGAAAUCGCCGCCAACAAGGAGAGGCUGUUCGCCGUACAGAACGCGGCCGAGGAACUCAUGAAACAGAAACCAGAGUUCGUCGAAAUAAUUUCACCCAAAAUGACCGAACUGCAAGACCAAUUCGAAAACCUUCAAACGACAACAAAGGACAAGGGCGAACGGCUCUUCGACGCCAACCGUGAAGUUCUCUUGCACCAGACGUGUGACGACAUCGAUUCCUGGAUGAACGAGCUGGAGAAACAAAUCGAGAACACCGACACGGGCACUGAUCUGGCAUCUGUGAACAUUCUCAUGCAGAAACAACAGAUGAUCGAGACUCAGAUGGCGGUCAAGGCCAAACAGGUCACCGAGCUCGAGACACAGGCCGAGUACCUCCAAAAGACCGUGCCAGAUAAGAUGGAGGAGAUCAAAGAGAAGAAGAAGUCUGUGGAACAUAGAUUCGAGCAGCUCAAAGCUCCCUUACUGGAUCGUCAGAGACACUUGGCCAAGAAGAAGGAGGCAUUCCAGUUCCGCCGCGAUAUCGAGGAUGAGAAACUAUGGGUACAUGAGAAGAUGCCGUUGGCUACGAGCACCGAUUAUGGAAACUCACUCUUCAACGUACAGAUGUUGCAAAAGAAGAACCAGUCCCUCAAAACAGAGACGGAUAACCAUGAGCCGAGGAUUUUAACUGUCAUCUCCAAUGGCCAGAAGUUAAUCGACGAAGGCCACGAAGACUCGGAUGAAUUCAAGAGGCUUAUUGAAGAACUCACGGCUCGGUGGCGAGAACUUAAAGACGCUAUCGACCAACGCAAGAACAAUCUGUCUCAAUGGGGCAAGGCUCACCAAUACUUGUUCGACGCGAACGAAGCCGAGGCCUGGAUGAGCGAACAAGAACUGUACAUGAUGGUAGAAGAUCGUGGAAAAGACGAAAUUUCAGCACAGAACCUCAUCAAGAAGCACGAAAUAUUGGAACAAGCGGUCGAUGAUUACGCCAACACUAUUCGUCAGCUUGGAGAAACUGUUCGUCAGUUGACGAGUGAAGAACAUCCUCUGAGUGAGCAAAUAUCAGUGAAGCAAUCCCAAGUGGACAAGCUGUACGCUGGUCUUAAAGACUUGGCUGGCGAACGAAGAGCUAAGCUGGAUGAAGCCUUGAGGUUAUUCCAGCUUUCGCGAGAAGUGGACGAUCUUGAGCAAUGGAUCACGGAGAGGGAGCUGGUUGCCAGCUCGCAGGAGCUUGGGCAAGAUUAUGAGCAUGUCACUCUAUUAUGGGAGCGUUUCAAAGAGUUCGCCCGUGAGACCCAAUCAGUUGGUUCAGAGCGGGUCGCCACUGCUGAAAGAAUCGCGGACCAGAUGAUCGCUAUGGGACAUUCUGACAAUGCAACCAUCGCUCAGUGGAAGGAAGGUCUCAAGGAAACCUGGCAGGAUCUUCUGGAGCUCAUUGAUACGAGAACACAGAUGUUAGCGGCGUCACGAGAGCUGCACAAAUACUUCCACGACUGCAAGGACGCUCUUCAGCGAGUGAACGAGAAGGCAAGAGGAGUUAGCGACGAACUCGGUCGUGAUGCCCUUUCUGUCUCCGCUUUGCAGAGGAAGCACCACAACUUCAUGCAGGAUCUAUCUACGCUGCAGAACCAGGUUGAAGCUAUUAACGCUGAAUGCGCUCGUCUCGGCGCGUCAUACGCCGGGGAGAAGGCAGCCGAGAUCACCCGAAGAGCUGGGGAAGUUUCCGAAGCGUGGGCGUCUCUCCAGGCCGCGUGUGAAGCCAGAAGGGCCAAGCUGGAAGACGCCGAUCAACUCUACCGCUUCCUGAGUCAAGUGCGAACACUCACCAUAUGGAUGGAUGACGUUGUCCGGUCUAUGAACACUGGGGAAAAGCCGAAAGAUGUAAGCGGCGUAGAGCUUCUAAUGAACAACCACCAGUCCCUAAAAGCGGAGAUCGAGGCCCGCGAAGAGAACUUUGCGGUGUGCAUAGCUCUUGGAAGGGAAUUACUCGCGAGACAACAUUACGCGUCUUCUGAUAUAAGGGACAAGCUACAUCUGCUCACAGAUCAGAGGAACGCCUUGCUAAGACGCUGGGAGGAGAGAUGGGAGAAUCUCCAGCUUAUCCUGGAGGUAUACCAAUUCGCCCGCGAUGCGGCAGUGGCUGAAGCCUGGCUGAUCGCCCAGGAACCCUACCUGAUGUCGCAGGAGCUGGGUCACACCAUCGACGAGGUGGAAAGCCUUAUCAAGAAGCACGAAGCCUUCGAGAAGUCGGCUGCCGCGCAAGAAGACCGCUUCAGCGCUUUGCAGAGGCUUACCACUCUUGAACUGAAUGCAGCGAAACUAUGGCCAAGUCCUGAACCUUGGAAAAAUUGUGAUGAAUCAUCAUUUACAUACUAUCCCGAUCCCAAAAUCCGAAAGAAACCACAUCCCAAAAAUAUCGUUAUCCCCAAAAAAGAGCUCCCAGUAGGACAAGUUGUGCACGAUAUAAUAUUAAAUUCGGAAAAUCACCAAAUCCCUGAAAAAUACCGAAGUAAACACUUGAAUCACUCUCAAGUGAAAAACGACUCUUAUUUGUGGAACGCAAAUGAUAAUACCAGUUUAUCACUUCCCGAUACAAACACGCCGAUGUCGCCCCUUAAAUCUCCUCUCACAUCAGAAAUAUUCAGCUCCAUUUUCUUUGAAUAUACGAACGAGAAUCCCAACCCGAACGAAAAGUUAGCCUGUAUCGAUUUUAUAUUAUGGGAACGUUUAUCUUACCUCAAUAUUUUCCCCAAUGUCUCAUUACUGAAACGUAAAAGUACUUCCUCGAUUGCGGGGAGUAUUAUGAACAUUCUACGUAAAUUGUACCAAAGGAAAAAAGAUACGAAGAGCGAUGUUGCUGUCCUAUCUUUACCAGGCUUGACCAGUAGCAAUAAAGCCAUCAAUGAUUUGGGGAAAGACAUAAAAUCUGUACCUCUUUCCUCCUCCCUCCUUUUGCUAUCGCAAACCCGUAGUCUCCUUUCCCCUGAUGCUGCAUGGUACUAUGACUAUUUGGAUCUUGAAUCGAUCGCAGAAACACCCCACACAGAGAACUCAGAAAGAGAUGAAUCUUUCACAUACCAUUCAGCGCCUAUCACCCGCCACAAAACCCAAAAUCUUGUCAUGUAUGACGAGGACCUCGAUGACAUCGACCCAGAAGUCGUAUUUAGGACAGAUUGCCACAAACAACCAGACGAAUACCAGUCGAGAAAUCUGAAUAUUAACUAUUCUGAAAAUGAAAAGAAUGUUAAAAGUACUGUUUGGAGUGUGGCCUCACAUAGUCUGUCUACGAUAUCGGAACAAAGCACCCCCCCUAAAUCACCCACUACAGGGAAAUUCUUGUUCCUUGGACUUAAUGAGAAUCUACAGUCAAAUCCAAGAUUGUCUUCGAUUGAUUUUAUCCUCUGGGAACGGUUAGCGUUGUUAAAUGUGUACCCAAAUAUUGCUUCACUAACACAACCAAGUACAUCUACAAGCCGUAGUGACAAUACAGGAAAUAAAAACAAAGGUAUAAAAAAUGUUCUGCGACGACUGUCCCUGAGGAGAUCCUACCAUGAAUCCGAAAGAACCGCUGCUUGCACGCCCAUAUCUCUUUCUUCUUCUUUAUUUUUGCUGUCACAAGUUGAAAAUUAUCUAUCUGCGAACGACAUAUGGUACUAUAACUAUAUGUAUGGUUUCGAAGUGAAAGAGAUGAAGCGUCGCCAAGAAGCGGCUGCGGCUGCCGAGAGAGAGAGGCAAGAGAAGGAAGCCGCCGAAGCCGCUGCUCAGGCUGCAGCGCAAGAUGCUGUCGACCGUGCUGCUUCUCCAGAGCCAGAGCAACCCGUCGUAAGGAGAACAUCCACUAAAGCGGCUGAGAAGGCCCAAGAGAGACCGCAUUCCCAGCCAGAAACCCCAAGCCCCGAGACUCCGACCACGCCCCCUCCCGAGCGGCAAGAGACGCCACGCCCGUCCACCUCGAAACAGACGCCCGUUAAACCCGCACGCCUUUCCACACCCGGAACGAGCUCGACACCGGUCACGCCGUCGACUUCUGGUAAGGUGAAGUCUCGGUCGCGAAGCAAGUCGCCGUUCCGAAGCUUCCGUUGGAAAGCCGCUAAGAAACUACUCACUGGAACGCACCAUAGUGAUGAUGAAGAGGGCGCAAGUCCCGGAAGUGAGGACGAAGGCGUUGAAGGCAUGUUGGUCCGCAAACACGAGUGGGAAUCAGCCGCUAAGCGUGCAUCAAACAGAUCGUGGGACAAGGUGUACGUAGUAGCAAAGGAUGGGCGUAUGUCCUUCUACAAGGACGUGAAGGCCUACAAGGCAGCACCCGAACAACACUGGCGCGGAGAGGCACCCUUGGACCUUAAUGGUGCUGUUGUGGAGCAAGCUGCCAACUACACUAAGAAGAAGCAUGUCUUCCGUCUAAGGUUAUCGAACGGCGCAGAGUUCCUUCUUCAAGCCCACGACGAGUCCGAGAUGGCGGGUUGGGUGGACGCCCUGCGCUCGCGCACCGCGGCCCCCGCGCCCCGCUCCCACACGCUGCCCGCCCCGCACCAGGCCGAGCCCAAGCGGCGCUCCUUCUUCACGCUCAAGAAGAAGUCAGUCGGCACGCUCACCUACCUUUUCUCGCCAUAG